UAUCGUAUUACUUGGCAACAAUUAGCUUGUUACUACAAAGAAGCGGGAGUUCUAAGGCAAAAUAAACGGAAACAUGUCAACAAAUGGCGGCAGUUUCCAAUAUUCAGUGUUGCCGAAUGGCAAGCGUUUUCGAAGAGAUACAAACCCAAAAGAAUGGCUUCAGGUAAUGGAGACCAGCGUAAAUGAUGUAAUUCCCGAAGACAGCUGUAACGGAAUGACUUACCGUCAAAGUCCUUCUAUGUUGAAGUAUCUACUUACAUGUACUCCCGACGAAGAUAUACCAACCACAAGCAUGGAAUGUACCGCCGGGAAUAUGAUCAGUAUGGAGGAAAACGCCGUUAGCCCGAACAUGUUCGCGUGUGAAACGAAGAGAAAGAGAACACCAUUUUGUAACCCAGAAAACAUUCUGCUUCAACUUGAUGAUUCUGUCGAAGAUAAACUAAAAACCUUGCUUGCUAAGGGUCAUGGUUCUAGCAAGACCGACAAAACGGGAUUCCCUUCUGAUGGAAGCUCAAGCGGUUACAUAACAGCAGAAUAUACAUCAUCCAAUGAACAAACAACAAGUACCAACAAAUUGGAGGAGCUACAAAGGACACAGAAUUUCAUGAUAGAACAGAACAAGGUUAUGAGGAACUACAGAAUUUGGGGACCAACGUAACGCAUUUCUGGACUUCGAGUCGAUAUAGUGCAUCUAAUUUGAAAUAAAAAAAU